CUACCAAGACGAUUUUCUUCGUUGUCGACGCCCGUCUCCCAGAUCGCCUUGAGCUGCCCUCCGCAGCUCACCUUCAAGACGGCUUCCUCAAAGAAGAGAAAGAUUUCGUCCCAGCCCUCGACGCAAGAGGAGCGAAACUCCUCUGAUUCGCCCUCUUCCGACUCUGGCCGCCUGCUGUCCUGCGAACCCGACGACGACCCAGCUUUCUCGUUCUCCGCCUCCGGGCCCAACACCCCAUCCUACCUGCCCGCAGAUUCUCUCCCGGUAUCGAGUGUUCCCCCAAGGCUCCAGCCCAGUGGGAGCUCGCUUGUCUCGGCAGAGUACGCCUCCUCGACAGCGUCCUCCCCGUCCGCCUCUGUGUGUGCCGACUCAACUCUAGACGCCGAAGACGAGUCCGGGUCAGCGCACCCCGCCAAGCCAAGGUGCCGCUCCCCCUUGCGUGUAUCGAAAAGGGCCAUUAUGAAUGGUGAUGCCGACCUUCCCCAGCGUUCAUCGUCACCUCUUAAGCGCCGAGCCUCGAGCAUGGACCCAGAAGCAGAACAGAACAACCAAAACGGGGAGCAGCAGGCUGGUGGAGGCUUGCCCCGCGCCAUGAGCAUCGACCCCCCAGACGUCCCUGCAUCAGGGGCUACCGCCAGUCCUCCAUCCAUCAGUGAGCAGGUUAAAACAAUCGAAACGCUGCUGAAUGCCUCCAAGGAGACCCCACUGAAGGAAGGGGACAAGGCGUACCUCGUCUCUCGAACUUGGGUUGACAAAGCACUUGCUCUGCGUGGGGACUCUUCGCGUCAGAAAGGCGAUGGAAAUGGCGAUGUUGAUUCCGACCCCCUCGGCCCCGUGGACAACAGCGACAUCAUUGAAGAAGUUAUUAAAGACUCUUCUGGAAAGGACUAUGUUCGCCUGAAACCUGGCUCCAGUCUGGAAUCUUUCGAGCUGUUCCCCGAGGACGCAUGGGGCUUGAUAGCAGAGUGGUAUGGCAUGCAAGAUGGGCAACAGCCCAUCGUUCGUUUCGCCAUCGACGCUGCACCUGACCCCAUGUCAGAAUCCAACGUGAUGUAUGAGUUUCACCCGCCGAUCUUCCGCAUUCAUCGUCUGUGGUCCGAAGUCAGCCCAUUGCCAAUUGAGCAGACUCUGAAAGCAAGAAACCCUCCUCCUCUGACUCUUGUUCGAAGCUGCAACUCUCCAGCUCAUGCCUUCCUAAAGGAUGUCAAGACAUUGGCGGGCAUCCCAUUAGAACGCAAAGUUCGGUUGUUCUCAGUGCCGCAGACGCUCCCAGCCUGUGAACCUUCUCAGCGCAAUUCGGCUCCAACACCGCCGGAUUCACCAGGGAGAAAAGAUGCCGCCAAUCCUCAAAACACAUGGCCGUAUCUCCUCCUUGACAGCCCCUCAUUUGCACAAGUUCGAGAUCAGAGGAUCAAGGUUGAUCUCGCGGAUACCACAACAAACGGCAACUACAAUGGCAGCUCUACCCUACAGCACUGGAACCUGGUGACAGAUCAGACUCUUGUGCUUGAUGAAGCCAUUGAGAACGCUUGGGUCAGUACGUACACCGGUCGUAAGGGAGCCAAGUCUGGCCCUGCUAGGGGUAACGCCUCUGGACUCUCAUCCAAGAACAAUAGCGGGCGCAACAGUCCCGCUCCACUGGCGGGUCGUGGGCGGGCUCUACGCACAAAACCAGGAAGAAGCCUGGGCGCCGUUGGAUUUCACAACCUCGGAAAUACCUGCUACAUGAACUCGGCAUUACAGUGCGUCCGCAGUGUCGAGGAACUGACCAAGUACUUCCUCACUGAUUCCUACACAGAGGAGAUCAAUAAGACAAAUCCUCUCGGUUAUAAUGGACGAGUUGCAUUAGCCUACAUGAACUUGCUGAAGGAGGUUUACGAGGAAGGUAGGGGCUCGGUAAGCCCUCGAGAAUUUAAGACUACAGUAGGACGCUGCCGCAGCACAUUUCAAGGAUGGGGCCAACAGGAUUCCCAAGAAUUUCUCGGCUUCCUUCUAGACGCGCUUCAGGAAGAUCUCAGUCGCAUCAAGAAGAAGCCAUACAUUGAAAAACCUGAUUCCACUGACGAGAUGAUCAAUAACCCUGAGGCAAUCCGCAAAAUGGCCGAAGAGGUUUGGGAUAUCACCAGGAAGCGAGACGACUCGGUUAUUGCUGACCUCUUCACUGGGAUGUAUAAAUCGACCCUGAAAUGCCCCGAGUGUGGCAAGAUAAGCAUCACGUUUGACCCUUUCAACAACUUGACUCUUCCCCUCCCGGUUGAGGACCUGUGGCAUCGGACUGUUAAGUUCUUUCCUCUGAAUGAGGCCCCCGUGAAGAUCGAUGUUGAACUGCCAAAGCACAGCGCUGUCGAGGCCCUGAAGCAAUUCAUCUCUACCCGUACUGGUGUCCCCAUCAACCGGUUAAUGGGCGCUGAGGAAUUCAAAGAACGCUUCUUCAAAAUAUACGAAGACCAACAGGAUGUGUCGGCAGAGAUUCAAUCAACAGACCUGCCAACUAUCCAUGAGAUCGAAGCUGUUCCGACCAACUGGCCUAAUAAAAUGAAGGCCAAGAGGUACAGAUCCAUGCUCGACAUUGAUUCACCAAUCGAUGCCACCGAAUGGGAUGAUCCUAGGUACGAAACAAUGGUGGUUCCCGUGUUUCAUCGUCGGCCUAAUGUAAUUGGAGAUGGCACAAAUCCCCCCCCUCACUUCAUCGUCUUGACACGUGAGGAAGCCUCGAGCUAUGAUACGAUUCAACGUAAAGUUCUCGAAAAGGUUGCAACAUUCUCCACGUGGCCGGUACUCGUGGAUGAAGGCGAUGACGACGCAGACGACACAAAUAAUGUUGAUUCGGAUGGCGUCGUGGUCCCCUCAGACGUCGACUCCUCUGGUGAUGGCAAAGUUGCAGCGCGGUCAGUUGAGGGCGAGGAGGAUAUGGUGGAUGUCACAAUGACUUCGGAUACUAAAAAUACCGUGGCUCAGUCUAACCAUCCGCUGGAGCAGUCUAAGAUCCUGAAGCAAUUCAGCAACAAGAGGCCCUCCUACGCCACAAACCUUCAAAGCUUCCUCGACCCGGAGCUUCAAAAUCUCUUUGAGCUCAGCUACUUCGUUGAUGGAACCGAUGGCGCUGUUCCCACAGGAUGGGGCCAUGUCGACAGCAACCGCACCUUGCCGAAGAUUUCCGACCGCAUACCCCAGGACAGUGAGGAAGCCGACCAGCCCAGUCCCGGUAGUUGGGCCAGCACACCUUCCGGAAACGAAGAAAGUAGCAAUGACGAGGCCCCGAAGGCUGAACCUAGCCAGACGCGUAUGAUGGACGAACAAACUGACGAGGAAGACGACAAGCCGCGAUUCGCAAAGCGUGCCCAUCAGAAGGGUGGCGGCAAGAAGAAGUUCAAGGAUCACAAGACAUAUGGAAAGAAAGGGAAUAAGCGCAGAGAGAGACAAGCAAAGGCUGGGAGAGAGGCCGCGCGGGCCGCUGCUGCUGUCAAGCCACAGCCAAUGCCCCCAACCGUUGCCGAUGGCGGCCCAUUGAUUAGAUUGGGAGAAGGUCUUGUCGUGGACUGGAGCGAGGAUGCUUGGGGCACAGUCUUCGGUUACGGCGACCUCGACCAUGGCAAGGGGGAAAAGACCUAUAUAGAUCCCGAAACCCUCAAUGACCCGGCCCUCAAGAUUUCACAGCGGAGGCGCAUGAACCGCCGUUCUCGUGGCAUCACGCUUGAGGAAUGCCUGGACGAAUUUGAAAGGGCUGAGGUUCUCUCCGAACAAGACAUGUGGUACUGUCCUCGGUGCAAGGAGCAUCGGCGAGCAAGCAAGAAGUUUGAUCUCUGGAAAACUCCAGAUAUCCUCGUCGCUCAUCUUAAACGCUUCAGUAGCUCGGGCUAUCGUCGCGACAAGCUGGACGUUUUGGUGGACUUUCCCAUUGAUGGCCUGGAUCUGACAUCUCGUGUUAUAGAACAGACAGAUGGCCAGAAUGAAGUCUACGACUUGAUUGCUGUCGAUGACCAUUACGGGGGCCUUGGAGGGGGCCACUACACGGCAUACGCGAAGAACUUUAUGGAUGGGCGCUGGUACAACUACAAUGAUUCGUCCGUAAGCCAGGUGUCAGACCCCUCGUCAGUUGUGACAAGUGCGGCAUACCUUCUCUUCUAUCGCCGGCGGUCAAGCAAGCCUUUGGGAGGCCCACGAUUCCAGCCCAUUUUCGAGUCUUUUGAUAAACCAAGUCACGACGAAGACUCGGACACUGAGAUAGGAGAAGAUGAUCAGUCUGACAACGGGGUUUCCCGCAACGGCACGGUAAAUACUGGGAUUAAAACGACAGCUAUUCGGCCCAGGGCUGACCAGGCCUCAGCAACAUCGGCUCUCGCAUCUCUAGAGUCCAUGGAUGAUGAUGAUGAACAGCUCCCUGGGUAUGGAGAGGUCGUUGCCAAGGCUUCGCUCCACCCGAGCAUUGAAGAUGAAGGCGUCGACAUGACGGACAGUGAUCCUGCCCAAUCAAACCCAAUAAUUCAAGGAUGGAGCUUCAGUGGCAUCUCCGGUAAUGGCCGGGAGGGAUCUACAGGUGCUGAUAUCGGCAGCGACGAUGUUCAGCAUGGGUCAACAGACGAUGAACGCAUGGGACCUCAAAAUUUCGAUGACCAGGAUGUCGAAAUGGCCUCGGUGACUGCGGAGUUAGACAGCCAAGAGCAACUGUCCGCAACGGACGGCAACGCUCAGACCUCAUGGAAUCGCAAGGACAUUAUAUCCGUGCCCGCUAAAACCGGCAGUGAUAGAGACUCUGACGAGGUGGCCGAAAUACACAUCGAGGGCGAGAGCAGGGGACCACUGGCCAAU